AUGGUCCUCUGGUUGAAAGAGCAAGACAAACUGCCCAACAAGUCCGAGGUGAUGGAAGUCAUAGAGGUGAAGGAGUUCAUCUCUUUGAACGGUUCAGCCCACCCAGUCAUCCUGGCCACAGGAGCUGAGAAGAGGCAGCUGAGUGGCGGCGAGUACGAGCUCACUGAGGUGACAUCUUUGCCAGAACGACCUGAGGCAGAAAGCGUGCAGACAGAAAUUGUGGUGAUCGACUGUCACGCCGACAACAAGGGUCAGAGGCAGGACGCUCUACCGGAAAACGGCACCCAAAGCAAUGAGAAUAAUGACACGAGCACGGGCCAAAGCCCAGUGCCACCAGUUCCUCUAAACGAGACGUCAAUUUCCAUCGGACUGCAAGUCGUGUUCCCUUUCCUGCUGGCCGGGUUUGGGAUGGUGGCCGCUGGUAUGGUCCUCGACAUUGUUCAACAUUGGACGGUGUUCUCCGAGGUGAACGAGGUCUUUAUCCUGGUGCCUGCUCUUCUGGGCCUGAAGGGGGACCUGGAGAUGACACUGGCCUCCAGACUGUCCACCGCAACUAAUAUCGGACAGAUGGACACAGCCAAGGAGAUGUGGAAAAUGAUCAUAGGGGACCUCGCACUAGUUCAGGUUCAGGCCACUGUGGUUGGUUUCCUAGCCUCCAUCGUGGCAAUCAUUUUUGGCUGGAACCCAGAGGGCCAAAUCAAGAUAGGUCAUGCUGUUCUGCUCUGUGCAAGCAGCGUAGCUACAGCCUUCAUCGCUUCCCUGCUGCUAGGUUUUAUCAUGACCAGUGUGAUCAUCGGCUCCAGAAAGGUUGGCAUUAACCCGGACAACGUGGCCACGCCCAUCGCUGCCAGCCUUGGAGACUUGGUUACUCUGGCUCUACUUUCUGGCAUCAGCACAGGACUCUACCACGAGCUGGAAUAUAAUGUUUACGCCAAUCCGCUAGUCUUGGUAUUUUUCAUUGCCUUGACGCCUAUCUGGGUCCUGAUCGCCCGACAAAUACCCUCCGCCCGAGAAGUGCUGUACUCAGGGUGGAAGCCUGUGAUUAUCGCCAUGGCGAUCAGCAGUGUUGGAGGCCUCAUCCUGGACCAAACUCUGUCUAAGCCCAACUAUGCUGGAAUGGCGGUGUUCACUCCGGUCAUCAACGGCGUGGGAGGUAAUCUGGUGGCGGUCCAGGCCAGUCGCAUCUCCACAUACCUGCACAUGACUCGCCUCCCCACUGCAGACGCAAAUCCACCUCCACAGAAAUGUCCCACACCCUGCAGCACGUUCUUCAGCUCAGGUGUGAAUUCUCGUUCUACCCGAGUGCUCCUCUUCCUUGUGAUUCCCGGUCACCUUAUUUUCCUAGGCACCAUCAAAUUGAUACGGGGCGGACACACCACCCUCACCUUUGCCUUCAUCGCUGUCUACCUGACCGCUGCCUUACUCCAGGUGGUGAUCCUGCUGUAUCUGGCUGACUUGAUGGUGUACUGGAUGUGGAAGAGAGGGAUGGAUCCUGAUACCUGUUCCAUUCCCUACCUAACAGCCUUUGGCGACUUGCUUGGCACGGGCUUCCUGGCCCUGUGCUUCUAUAUCCUCUGGAUGAUCGGCGAUGGAUCCAUGGAUAUGGGAGACUGA